UCACAGCUGAAGCACGGGAAGAGGUGUUGCACUCGUAGACAGACUCCUGACUUAUCUUUGAUUUCUGGAACAGCUGUGUGCACCAUAUCACUCUUAGAACCUGCGAUAUCGCACCCACUCGCCAUCGCUUUCGCUGGGUAAGUCUGUAGUAGUUGCGCUUUGCCGACUUCGUCGACACUGAAUUUGCGGUCUAGACUGAACACUUUGCUGUCUGCGACGACUCUGUGAGAGAGAUCGGUUUUGGGCGUAGGUUCGAUUGGUCGUGGCUUUGGGGCCGAAGUGGACAGUAGAGAAGUAUCUAAAGGAAGCGUGAGUCUGGAGUGUGACAGCUGCGGAAGCUACAGGCUUGUUUCAUUGCAGAAUUUGAAUUUGGACUGACAGUGCUUACGGUUCAUCUCUCUGCCACGCUCGAUCUUGCUGCCGUCAAGGAGUGCAGUCACUUGUAAAGCAAGUAGUUAGCAAGGGAGACGGGGCAGUGGUGUGUCUUUCUAAAGAAUGCAGUGUGACAUAUGCCAGGCAUGACUUUACCUCCUGGAUUUCGCUUUCAUCCCACGGAUGAGGAGUUAGUUGAUCAUUAUUUGACGAAUAGAGUCAAGGGUAUCCCUCUUUCUUACAAGGUGAUAGCAGAUGUUGAUCUUUACAAGUGCGAGCCAUGGGAUCUGCCAUCAAAGUCGAGUUUGCCACAGGUCGAUCACGAGUGGUUCUUUUUCAGUCCUCGGGACAGGAAGUAUCCAAAUGGCUCCCGCACGAAUAGAGCUACGGAAGCUGGAUAUUGGAAAGCAACUGGGCGCGACCGCACGGUUAAAAAAGAGUCCAAGAAAACAAUUGGGAUGAAGAAGACCUUAGUGUUUUACAGGGGACGCGCUCCUCAUGGAGAGAGAACUGAUUGGCUUAUGCACGAGUAUCGUCUGGAUGGAGAAGAUUUUCAAAAGAUGAAUGUUCCCCAGGAUGCCUUUGUGCUGUGCCGUGUUUUCAAGAAGAACGGAUUCGGGCCGCCGAAGAAUCCGAGUGGAGGAUCUGGUUCCAUGGAGGAAGUAGUCGACCAAGUUGAUUCUCCCGGAGAAGUCAAAAGUUCUCCCUUUUCCGAGAAUGAUGUGAAACCAAGUAUGACGAGUUUGGCGAAUUUGGCUCCGCUGUCACAACAAUUGUCAAGUCCCCAAGAAGGGCUGUCCGAGAAUCACAUCAUGAACGGAGUUGUUGAUAAUUUCGUCGGUAGAUCUUCAGGUCCGUUCAUGGAUGAUCUGUUCGUGCCCAACGAGAACUUCACCAGACCGACACGCAGCUCGGAGGCCGAUAAUUCUGAAUUCUCUCUGGACGAGGGAUUGGAGAAGAGGAAUCAUCAAAAAUUGCUGGAUGACUUUUACGCGAUUUGUCCUCCUCUCGAUGGCGGGGGAAUGGCCCCUUUGGAAGACCUGGAUCCUUACACUGACAUCCCAGGACUGAUAGAUUCAACGAAGAUUGUUCGAACCGAGUUCAACAACAAGUGGCAGGAGCAAGUAGCUUAUCAGGAGCAAGUAAAUGGCGUGUACAAUGCUUGGGAUGGAGUUCAGAGUCUUCCCAAGCACGAAGAGCAACUCAUUUUCCCGACUCAUUACGAGAAUGACUUUGGACCUCUUCCGACCUUAGUCCAGCUGCCGAGUCCUCCAACUCAGACCUCAUUUGACGAUAACGAUACAGAGAGUAGUUCCACCCCUUCGAGUAACAACCAUUUCACCACUUUCCAAAGACGUACUCGACCGUCGGUGAUCUCACCCAUAGCUGCCGGUGGAUACUCUUCACCAUACACUGCGAAGAGGCGUGUGCUACUUCAGCAUCGGGGACCAGUCACCGUGCCGAUAGCUGAUUUGGCUGCGGAGAAGCCCUCUGAAGCGAAGUCAUCACUUGUCUUGAAAGCGGAGACAGUGGAACUGAAGCUGUCUUCGGACACUCAGGCCACAUCUGCCGAAGAGAGUCAGGUCGAAAGUGAAGUCGCCAACCGUCAGGAUAGUACGUGGGCAACCAAUGUGAUAACUGCGCCUCUCUCCGACGAUUCAUCGGACGAUAGGGGUGACGAUGUGAGUCGGUCGUCUGUCAGUUGUACAAUAAACUCAUCUGAGUUAGCUGCUGGAAGUCCUAUCCAGCUGAUCAAACCAGUUUCUGCUCAACCGGUCAGCGAUGAUACAUCCUCUGUACAUAAAGUAUCAUCAGACGCGUCUCCCCCUCGUGUGGACGUCGGUUCUCGCGAUUUCGAGAGCGGUAAUGUUCGAGAGAAACAGGAGUCUGUGUCAGAGAUCGAAUCAGGUCACAGCUCUGCUGCUCACGCUUCGACUUCGGAUGUAGAUAAGUCUAACUGUCAUUCGGUGGAACCAACUUGUGAGGCCGCAGUUUUCAAUCAGGGAGAAACGCCAGGAUAUCUGAAGAAGGGCUAUGUAAACAAUAGCGAAGUCAUGAGGCACAUGGGUCUGGGACUGUUCGAGCCAAUCUCCGCUCUUCGGCCGGCAGAUCUAAAAUCGACCGGCAGAUUUUUACCUGCCUCCUUAAAGAAGCAGGUGACCUCCAGGGAGUUGCCAGCCGGAAUUGGUUCUAUUCAUGUGAAUGCUGUGACAGUCACGUGCUCUUGCUCUUCGGCUGGACGGCCUCAUGUGCCAACGAAAGCCUGUGCAUGUUACCCGACCUUCUGGGAAGGUCGGUGCGAGAAGGAUACUUCGACAAAGCAGGAUUGCAGUGAAGCAGAGAGAUCGGAGACUCGUGAUGAGAUCUUGUCAAGAUUUAAAAGGCACAAAGGUUUUGAAUGUCUGCUCCUUCUUCUUGUUGUACAUAUGGUAUGCUCCAUCUUGGAGUAUCGCCGAGGACAUUACAGCUUUCUUCUCCAUUUCGGUGACAGCGAUUUUAGUGAACGUUUCUUCAGCAGUUUGCCUCGACUUUUUCGAGAUCUCUUGUUCGCAACGUUUGGAGCUAUGUUUCUUUACCUUUUUCAACGGCGAUCAGUUCCAUGGCGAUCGAUUUUUACUCGAACAGCUGUAAAUAGUGAGCCCUCGUCUGCAAGUAUAUUCUAGCUUUUUCAGCAGGCGGCCCAGUGCUGGGUUAUACACUUUUGUAGUCAAAUCUUAAGAGCGCACGAUAAGUGAGCUUGUUGGUUAUAUGUACUCAUGAAUAAUUAAUAAAUAUACUAGUAUGCGGC